AUGGAAUAUUAAUGGUUAUUCAGAAAAUAUAAGGAAGUUGACUACUCAAUAGUGGAAAAUAGAUAGAUUCCUGUCAUCUUUAAGUUCAAAUAAUAAAAUAUUACUUUGAGAAGUUAUUACAUUCUCCCUCAUAGGAAUCAGAUGAUUGUUGCAUACGAAGUGGAUGAUUGCGAUGACUCAAGAUUUUUUGAUGUUUAUGACCUUACUACUCGGGAAUCAAUUAAAACUUAUGAAUUCAAAGAGUGUAGAAUUUCCAUUAACUAUAGACGGUUCAAUAACGUUGAUUAUAUUUUCUACUAGAGACAAAGAACAUUUCAUUUUGUAAGAUAUGAUGAUCUAGAAGAAAGAGAAGCAAAGCAUUUAAUUAGGUUCAAUUUCUAUGAGGAGUUUUCCAUCUAAAAAGCUUUUAUUUUAGACGAAUCUACAAUUACUAUGAAGUGUAAAUUUUCCAAUCAGACCAGAUAACUUGUUUUCUAGCUAGACAAAUAAGUCACUUCAAUAACUUUUGAUUAAAGACUCGAAUUUGACAUCAAUUUUAUCUCCUAAGGAAACUAUCAGAAAGUAACAUCUCAAAAAUCUAUAGGAAUCUUUGUAAAGGAUUCGAACUAAAGUUACUUUUAAUUGCCCUGUGGAAAUAUUGAUAGUUUUGAUUAAAAUGUGUUAAGGAACCAUUUUCUAUUUUAUAGGAAUUCAAAGACGCUAUUUAUUGAUAAAGUAUCUCUUGAAGUAGAAAAAACUAUAGAAAAAAUAUUUCAUGUUGUCAAUCACAAAGGUCACUAUGAGUAUCUUAUGGAUUCUGAUUUAAAUCUCUACUCUCUCGAUAGAGGGAAUAAUAUGAACCUUACGAAAGUUCACCAACUUUCUUAGAACUAAACAUAAUAAUUUUGCUAGGUAGUAACUACUCCAAAUAAAAUUUUUGUCGAGUACAAGUUGAAAACAUAAGUUGCUAUCGUUCAAGUAUAUGAUGCAAGAACAUUUUAAUUGCUAAAUGAAAUUAAUGAGCCUGAGGGUACUAACAUUGAAAUUGUUCCUAAUAAUACUUCACUUUAUUUCAAGCUCACCAAUAACUAAUUCAGAUUAUUCAAUCUUAACUCUAACUAUGACUACUUUAAUAAUGUACAACCAUUGAUUUUCUAGGGAGAGCACUUACUCUAAAACUAGAUAAUAGAUAGUCAAAAUAACUAUCUUCUAUAUGAUCAAAAGUCUAAAGAUGCGAUAGUAGUUUAAGACAUGAUUACUGGCAAAUGUCUCGAAAUAAACAAAGAGUAUGAGAAAAACUGUAUUGAGUACCUAAGCUUUAAUCAAAACUUUUUGAACGAUAGUGAGUUUUAUGAUAAAAUAAAAUAAUUUCCAAAAAGUUAAUAGGUCCAGACUAUCUCACCAGAUGAUAUAAUUGUCUCAUGCUAGACUGAUUGUCAGAUAAUACUGAAUGCUAAUAGAGUAAUCAGUCUGGAAGACUUGAGGAAAUAGUCUGACUUAUAAUAUGAGAAUAAGCCAAAAUAUUUCUGUCUAAUGUCGGAUAGAUACAAUAAAAACAAAUAUGUUUUGGAUAUUUUAUCAAAAAAUAAAGUUGCUUAUUUUGAUAAAACAAGCUAGGAAUUUAAAAUUCUUGAUUUGAAUGAUUAACUUCUUGAAGGAUAUCCUAUCUAAGCUCUAAUAGAUUUAUAACUUUAUAUAUUGCUCAUACAAUAUGAUACUCAAACUAUUGUUUUCAGUCUGGAAACUAAAUUGAGAAUCAAUGAAAUAUCCGCCAUUGGUUAAACUUCAUCAAUAUUUAUUGACAGAAACUAUCUUUAAAUUAGUACUUAUGACAGUAGCAAUGUAUACUUUUUCAAUGAUGGAGUUAUUGAUAAAGUUUUUUAAAUAAAGUUUCCUCAAAAUCUAGAGGUUAUUUGCUCCUUUCAAAAUAGUAUAAACAAAACUACCUAAACUCUUCUCAAAAGAAAAGAUAAGCUUGACUCAUCUGAGUUAUAUACCAUGAUUGAGAGCUCAUUUGAGUCAAUCAAUAAUGAUUAAAAUUUGAUUCAACCUUUGUAUUUAGCAUUUUACUUUGAAAACACCUUCAAAAUAAUUAUAGACUCAAGUAAUGUUUAAAUCUUUGCUAAUGGUGAUCAUUAGACCUGCGGCUUUUUUGAUUUGUAGGUCACAGAUCAACUUAUCGAUGAUUAUAAAUCAAUCUAGAAAAUGAAUAAUGAGUAAAUAAUCAAAGAAAUAUCUUUAGAUGCUAUUAAAUACACCAAGUUUAUAGCUGGUUAUGGCACAUGCUUCAAUAUGUUUUAAAACAACUUGAUAGUCCUCGAGGUUAUAGUAAAAUAGCUCUCACUAAGAGAAAAGCAAACGUUACCGAUUUUAGUAACACCAAAUAUGCUUGGUCAGCCCUCUCCUUUAGAUUUCUCAAUUAAAAACCGACAACAAAAAAUUAUCAACUUGAUCCUAUCAAUCAUACUAAAAUACCAAGAUCACAUUAUAUUCAACUAAUUUGUUGAUAAGAGUUUAUGUGAGCUAUUUAAACAAUAGAUAGAUUUGCAAGAAUAUUUUGACAGUAAUUUGCCAAGCUAUCAAAUUCUUGAUCCAUCUUUCCCGAUUCAACACUAAGAUGAAAAGGAACUGAUUGUGGGUAUUAACCUUGAUCAUCCAAAAGAUGUUCAUCAAAAGUACUAAUAAUUAUUCGGAGAGAAGUUAAAGGUAUUAUCUCAUAAUGAAGAAGACUCAUUAAAUUCUAUAGAAUAUAAUCUUAUAAAUUUGCCUAAAACUUUGUAAAAAAAUCCUACUGAACUGAUGAAAGUCUUAAGUGAUUCGGAAAAGCCAGAAUAUUUCGAAAAUUAGAUCAUCCAGAGCAUUAUCAAUUUUAAAUGGAAGGAAUAUACUCUAACCUAUUACAAGACUAAAUUUUACAUAUAUCUGAUUUUCAUGGCUGCUUUUAUCUUUGAUAUUUUCUACACUACUUACUCUUCUAAAACUUACAAUGAUGAAAUAAAAUUAAUUGAAAAUGAAAAAUUGGAUCAUGAUCCGUAAGAGCAUCAGCCAAAUAUCUUACUUAAAAUUUCUACUAAAAUAAUAUGUUGUCUAGUGUUAUUCUCAUUUCUAAUUCAUGAAGUAAGGCAAAUUAGAAUUUAAAAGGCAAGCUAUUUAAUUGACAUUUGGAAUUACUUUGAUUUUUCUCAUAUAGUAGUCUUUAUUCUCUUUUGCAUUCUUGAAUUUACCAAUGAAGACUCAGACAUAUUAAUCUUGAACAAGAUCCUCCUAAUUAUACUUUCCUUCAUGAAGCUGUUCUACUUUUUGAGAAUCUACGACGGCUUUAGUUUCCUAGUUCAGAUGAUGGCAGGAGUCUUUAAGGACCUAAAGUACUUCAUCAGCUUUUUCUUAAUUUUUAUCUUACUAUUCGGAAUGAUAUUCUUAGUUUUAUUCAAGGCUGAUUCAAUAGAUGAAUAUAAGGGUGUCAAUGGGAUGGCUUAUUUUUUGAUGGCCUUCAGAAUUUCUUCUGGAGACUUUUAAUUAGAUGACUAUCAGAAGUAAGGAAGCACAUUAGUUAUAUUCUCUUGGAUUUUGUGGAUUCUUGCAGUACUAACUCUAAAUAUUGUAUUCAUGAACUUUAUAAUAGCUGUGAUCUCUGAAUCUUACGAAAGAGUCAUGUAAAAACUCAUAUCAGAAUCUUAUAAAGUUAAAGCGAAUAUGAUUCUAGAGAGAGAAGAAUUACUUUCAAUUAAAGAACUUGAAAGAAAAGACUUCUUCCCAAACUAUAUAGUAGUUAGAAGAUAAAUCAAUAAUGAGGCCAAUGAGGUUGGAGAAUGGCAAGGUUUCAUUAAGGAUCUUAAAUAUACAGUUAGAACAACUGUCUCUAAGUCUAAAAAUGAAAUUAUUUCAACUCAUUCUUCUGAGCUCUCUAGUCUAAAGAGAUAAUUUGAUGAACUCCAAAAAGAGGACAUUGUCUCAUUAAAGCAUUAGAUAUAGUAGGACGGUGAAUCUAAUGCUCAGGUGCUUAAAGAAGAAAUCUAUGGAAUUUAAGAUGAUAUUGUUGGACUUAAGCAGAAUAUGGAUUUGCUUAAAGGGGAUAUGGAUUUCUUGAAGAUUUCUAUUUCCUAAAUAUUAUAAAAGCUUAACAAUUGA